UAUAGGCUGAGUGCUCGUGGGGCAGCGCGUGUGAAAGAGGGGGGAAAAGGUCUAAUGAUGAAAAUGUGACACUUUGGCACACAGCUGCUCUCAGUGCGGGGAUGCUAUCGGUAAUCUGCGCAUCGGUGGAGAUGUUUGACAACUGCAGAGCUCCAAAUGGGACCCGUACCUCGCCAGGUGUGUUUGGAAAUUAGCCGGGGCUCGUGCAUCCACUCCACCUCGCACCCGCCGCUGCAUCUUUCUCACGGACAAUGAAGACGACUGGCAGAUGCAGGACCCUUCUGUCGGUUAGCUUGAACUUUUUCGCUCUGUUUUUCUCCAUAACCGCGUUUAUAACGACUUACUGGUGCGUGGGGACCCAGAGAGUCCCCAAGCCAAAGUGCAGCAAGCUGCGGACGCACCAGUGUAUAGACUACGGAGUGAACGAGACAGACCCGAACAAAGUGGUGUACAGCUGGGAGACCGGGGACGACAGGUUCCUGUUCCGACAGUUCCACACCGGAAUCUGGUUCUCAUGCGAGGAAAAUAUUCACGAUGAAAGUGAGAGAUGCCGUAGCUUCAUCGACUUGGCCCCUGCAUCAGAGAAGGGGAUGCUGUGGCUGUCGCUGGUUUCUGAGAUGUUGUACAUUGUUCUGCUGGUGGUGGGCUUCAGCCUCAUGUGUUUAGAACUGGUCCACUCCAGUAACGUCAUUGACGGACUAAAGCUAAAUGCCUUCGCUGCUGUCUUCACUGUGCUCUCAGGUCUUCUUGGCAUGGUGGCACAUGUGAUGUACACGCAGGUUUUCCAGGUCACUGUCAGCCUCGGCCCACCCGACUGGAGGCCCUACAACUGGGACUACGGCUGGUCCUUCUGCAUGGCCUGGGCAUCGUUCACCUGCUGCAUGGGUGCAUCAGUCACCACCCUCAACUCCUACACAAAGACCGUCAUCGAGUUUAGGCACAAACGUAAGACCUUCGAGCAAAGCAUCCGUGAGGAGCACGCACGGGAGGCUUUCGGAUAUUUCCGGGAACACUCGGUGCACUCCAUCUCCAAAUCUGUGGACAUUUAUUCAAGCCAGACCCCGAAAAGUGUCAGGAAAACACCCAUACCUGCUGACUCUUUGGACCUCAGUGACAUUGCAGCAUCUUUGGGGGAAGAGCAGUGCUGAAUGGGACAAGACAGUAGGUGGUGGCAUUUCUCUCGGUGUGGCCAUUUGCUAGGCACAAGCGCUGCCAGGCCUCAUCUUUAGCUCAAUCUAAUACAUUUUAACACUGCCUUAAUUGUGGGUGUGUUGUUUGCAUCAGUAUAGUCAGUUUAGAGCUUCAGGUCUCACAGCUUCAAAUUAGCUGAACACUGGGAAAAAUGGACAAUCUCACUCAUGAAGGUGUUUUCUCUGUUCGUGUAACCCACCAAAAUGUAGAUUUUAAAGAAACUAUUGAGUAUACCCAUAGAAAUAGUUUGAGGGUCUCUCUGAUGCAAAUAGCCUUAUUAAACAUGUUACAGUCAGUCAGUAAAUCAAUGCAAAGACAGGGUGGCAGUUUGACAGGUUUUCAUUAAUUAUGAAAUAAAGUCACAAGUACUUCCUGCAGAUGAUGUGCCUACAUAUAUAAAUUGUAAAUAACUUGUGGAAUGUGAGUUGUGGUUGUGGAAAAUUGUGUAUCUUUUAUUCUUUUGGAUGUUCACAAUCACCUACUUUUAUUGUUUCACGAAGCCCAAACACAAAACACUUUUUCACAAAAGCAAUGUUAAACAUGGCAGGAGAAACUGCCAGAGUGUAUGACACAGACCUCUGUAGCGUGAAAGUUCCUAUGAAUUCUUGUCAUGGCACUGUAGGAAUGAUCAGCAGCCAGUAUAGUGUCACACACUGCUAAUACAGUAUGUAAUCUUCGUUUGAUUUACUUUGACUUGACUGAUUGAAAAUAAAUACUCAAUGCUGUGAAAACAUCUC